ACAAGCCGUCUGCACGCUAAUGGUCUGCUAUAGAAUUUUAUUUUUUGUUAUUGUAUUUACUUCCAAUUUAGUCUUAUAUUUUAUUUGCUGAUGUUAUGUGUUUUUAACUUUAUUCGUACUUAUAAUUGUACAAAAUAGUUUAGCGUGUUAUGUUUCCACACAACUGCGGUGUGUGAAUGCUCGUAUUGUUAGUAAAACAUCGCAGGUAAAUUAUUAUAGCAAAAUAAUUAUUAAUUACCGGCAUAAAAUGUAGAAGCCAUUUUGUGCUAACAAAUCACGAUUCACCAAUUAUAAUUUACAUUUUUUCUCGUAUGACUUCCACUUGAAUCACAAGUUUUAAGUUUUUUCAAAGAAAAAAGAGAAUAUGCUAUAUAUAUUUAUUAAAGCUCAAUAUUAGUUAAUUUUUGCAAACCACUAUUUCUUUAUCAUAAUAUUAAAACGUUCGUUUAUAAUCAACUGAAAAAAAAAUAUAUAGCUUAGAAAAAUAUAUAGCUAUGUAUAUUUUUUUUAAGUACUCCAUACUUAAAUAUCCUUCAAAUAUUUAAUUAAUUGGAACAAAAUCAACUUCUUGAAAUGUUGCUACAGUAUUUAUUGUUAUCUGUUGGCUAUUGUGAAUUGUUUAAAUUGAUGGCUACAGUAACAACAAAACUUAAAACUAUUAUGUAUUAUUAAUUAUUUCUGUUUAAAUUUAACAGAAGGUCUUCUGUAAAAGUAUAUAUAUAUAUAUAUUUUUAUUAGUUAACAAUUUGUUUAAAUUUAUUUAAAAUCAAAUUAUGGAUAACUUUUAUUAUUAUAACUUCAUAAUAUUCAAUAAAGUUAGAAUAUGUAACCUAUAUGUUUUUUUUCCAUUAUUAUAAAAACGUUUGAAUGUAUAUUUACAAUAUGUAAUUUAAAUUACAAAAAGUAAACGAUAACAAAAAAGUAUGAGAAGAAAAACACGAUUGGGCAGGUGUCCAUUGGUGACACACCUAAAACUAUACCUAAUUACUUAAACAAUAAUUAUUUUUAUUUGUAGAUAUGUAUCACGCAAGAGAAUCGUUAUUGGUGCAUAUAUAAUUAAUAUAAUAACAUUAGAAUUUAAAAUCUCUCAAAUUGUGUGAAAUUUAUAGUAUAAAUUUUCUGGAUAAUUUAAAAAAAAUACUAUAAGGAUAUUUAGAUUUUGGGCUCAACAUGUAGGCACAAUAGUUAUUUUUAAUACAGUCCAAAUAUUGAAAUUAAAAAGUAUUGAGAAUUUAAGGAAUACAAAUUAUAAAUUGUAUUUAUGUAUAAUAAUCUAUUCUCAAUCACCAAACAUUUUUACAAAGAUUACUUAAUAAUUUAAGUUAUAGGUUAGAAUAUUACAAAGUACAUAGUGCUGUAACUGGGUAUCUGUUGGUUGUGGUGCUAACCAAUUUUAAGCAGGUUAACAUAUCUAAAAGCCCUUACAAAAAUACUAUUUACUCAUUGAUAACAAUCAAUUAUUUUAAGUAUAAUUUAGUCCAUCGUUAAUAUUUAACAGUGGCCCAGGAGUACUUUGCACUCCAAGUUUUAUUCUGCUAAUGCUACCUAUAUUUUGGUUAGUCACAUUAUUGAUUAAAUAAUAUUCAAUUAAUCAAUAACUGAUGUAUAAUAUUUUAUUUUUUUUUUUUUUUCCCAGUUUACAGACUUCAGUGGUGGAUCUGUGUUAACAUUACUACACCCUUACUGUCAAUGUGUUUAAUAUUAUUUGCAAGUGAAUACAGUGGAUUCCGCUUAAUGUGGCCACCGGUUAAUCCGGACAGCUGCCUAAUAUAGGCAUAAUGGUGUGGUUCCGACUCUAAUGUAUAACAAUAUUAAUUUUGGUUAAAAUGGGAAACUGCUUAGUGUGGGCGAAUAUAACUGAUCCCAACGUGACCAUAUUAAGCGGAAUCUGCUGUAAUUUUAAAACUGAUUAAAUAAUAUUGAAUUAGUCAAUAACUCAGAUGCAAAGUAUUCAAUCUUAGCUGCAAUAUAUCUGCAUAUGAAUAAUUUGAAAAUAGAUUUAAAAAUAUAUUAUUUAAGAAAAAUUUCAAAAUCAAUUUGUUUUUAGUUAAAUCUUCAUAAUGGGUGUUGACAAGCUUUUGGAAUACCUAGAUAGUGGGAAAAUAGAAGGCAGCUGCAUCAAUGUCAAUCUUACACAAUUGGGACAUACUGUAUCACAACAGCUUGCUAAGAAAAUGGUUAUUAGAAAAAUCAAUCAAAAUUUAAAUCAAAUUCAAGUAUCAAAAGCUCAGUUUUGUUUACUAGUAGAUGCAGAAUGUUGUUUAGAUCGCUUAUACGGUGGAUAUUUUUCAGGUAACUAUUUUUAUUAUUAUUUCAUGAUUGUGAUAAAAAUAUAUACUAGCUUGUAAAUUAUAUUUUAUUUUACUUAUAGAUUGGGUUUGUGGUGGUCAAUGGAAUCGGAUGGUAUCAUUUUUGACAAAUUUUGUCAGUAGCUUACGUCAGUCAAAUGUCCAUGUUGUGGUAUUUUUUAAUGGCGCCUAUGAAGAAGACCGUUUUAAUGAAUGGAUUCAAAAACAAGAAGAAACUCGUAAUAGAGCUAAUGCUGUUAGUCAGUUAAAUUAACUUUUUUUUUAUGGUUAUUGAUGAUUAAAUGUAAUAUGAUUAGGUUCUAAGACAUAUUGCUGCCAAAGGAACACCACCUCCUAAAGUAUGGUGGAUACCUCCCGUUUGUUUACGAACAGCUGUGAAGCUUUACUUUCAUCAUUUAAAAAUCCCUGUGGUUUGUUCAGUAAAAGAUCAUCAUUUGGAAUUUAUUAGGUACUGUAGAGAACAUAAAUUUCAUGGUUUGAUGGCGGAUGAUGCUGAAUACUUGGCAUUUGAUCCACCAAGGUUUUUUUCUGCUCAUUCACUCAAACUCACUAUGCGACAGACAUUAGAAGCUAAAGAGUAUAUUGUGUCUCAAUUAAUUGAAGAUUUGAAAUUAAGCAAAGAUAAACUUUGUGCUCUUUUAUCACUUUUAGGCAAUUUUGUGUUGCCUCAAAAUGAACUCUUUGAUUAUUAUAAACGUUGCGGCAUAAAUCAAAUAAUUUCAAAGGUACUUAUAAUGUACAAAUAAUGUAAAUUGAUUUUAAUUUUAAUGAAUUAUGAACUCAUUUUAUUUAGGUAUCAGGUGAAGAAGUUGUGAAAAAAAUAGUGGAUUCACUUCAAAGUUUACCUCCUAUUAAAAAUAAUUUAGAUGAAAUAGCUACUCAUAUACUUGGACAUAAAGAUGACAAACGAGUGCCAAAGUUAAAGAAAAGUAUUCAAUAUUAUUUAGAUGGUGCUAAAGACAACGCAACUAAAUGCAAAACCAAUAGCCAAGAAAAUAAUAGAAAUAUUAAAGGCAAAAUUGAUACAUUUGAAUCGACAGCUGGAAUAUCUGAUGUUAAAAAAUUUGGAUCUGAAAAUCUUAAAUCUCAGGUAUUUUACAUUAUAUUUUAUUUCUGUAUUAAAAUAAGUUAUUAUUUUAAUUAUUAAAUAGUUAAACAAUUUAAUUUAAUAUUUUUUGUUUUAGAUGGACAAUUUAUUAUUAUUUGAUGAUAAUUCUGAGUCUGGUUCAAAUACAUAUAAUAUUAAUACUCAAACACCCCUACCAAAUCAGUUAUCUCCAAAUAAAUCUAUUGAAUUUAAUAUUCCUGAAGUUUCUAUUGAUGUAGUAAAUACAGCAUUUGAACGACACACUUCUGGUCUUAUGUCUACUUAUUUAUAUCAUAUUUUAACAAAAGUAAAGUAUAAGAUUAUAUCAUGUAUCAAUGUUUCAAUUUAUAUUAAUAUGUUUCUUGUCUUAAUUUAUUAUAGGCAGAAAUAAAACUACCUGUUCUGUUAGAAGAUGAAAUGAAUCAUGAAAUUCCAAAUAUACAUUUAUUUUACAGACAAGCUCGACAAAUGGUGUAUGGUAUUUUAUUCAAUCUUCAUCAUGCCCAUUAUUUAGCAAAAUCAAAUAGUAGUCAAAAAGGUAUAUUACUAUUUAUUCGAUAUUUUAAAUACUAAUAAAGAAUAUUGUGUAUGCAAUAUAUACAGGAUGAUUCACUUAGCAUACUCACCCUAUUUUUUUGGUUAAAUUUUGCAUUUAUUAAAUUCUCUUUUUUGGAAUUUUUAAGUGUUAGUCAAUAUUUUCGAAUGCUUAGCUUUUUCACAAUAUUUAAGUAGUAUCCUAUGGCGAUACCAAUUUUAGUUUUUCAAAUGAAAACCUUUAUUAAAAAUUCUAUAAAUAGACAGAAUAUUACUUUAUAUAAAUUUUGAUGUCAACAUUUUUGAUUUCUAUCAACCUGUUAACGAGACAUACCACUUUUAAGUUUAGGUAGGGGAUAAUAGUGGAGCACUAAUAAAACUAACAUUUAUUUAAAGUGAUACUCAGUAUAUUUAUAGAAAUUUUAAUAUAAGUUUUCAUUUGAAAAACCAGUUGGUAUCGCCACUGGAUACUAGUUAAAUAUUGUAAAAAAUUAGAAUCUGACCAAAAAACUAGGGUGAGCAUGCUUAGUGAAUCAUACAUGUAUCAUCCUGUAUAUACACUUGAAUAAAAAUUAUAUAAUUAUUUUAGUUGAAUUACCUGUCAUUCAAAUACGUGAAUGGAUUAGGGAUAAAACAAAUAUUUAUAAACAUUACCAUUUGGUAAAAGCUGAACCAUUAGGGUGGGGUGUUCCUACUGUUCACAGGCUUUGGUUUGGGUAAGUUUUAUGUGCUUAAAUUUAGGUAUAUCGGUUAUAUAUGUAUAUUUUUUUUUUCCCCCAGAACAACUCCAGAAGAUAACAUAAGGCGUUUGAGGGCAUUUUUGACUUGUAUGCGUUCUGACACUCCUCUUAUGUACAAUACGGAUUAUGUUCCUCAGCAUACACUUAUCAUUGCUUCUGUUCUUAGAUAUAUCAUAACAUUUUCAGAAGUACCUAUUCUUCAAAAAUAUGAACUGGAUGCAUUUAUUAUAACAGCUGUUGCACCUGAGUUAUCAAAAAAUGAGAAUACUCAAGAAUUACAAGUUAGUAUAAACUUCAAAGACAAUACCUGUCAAUUAUAAAAAUUAAUAAAAAUAAAUAUUGGAAUAAUAUGCUAUAAUGAAUCUAUAAUAUACAAUUCCAAUAAAAUCAUAUACAUGCCAAUAAAAUUCCAUUCUAUAUUUAUUUUAUCCAUUAACCAAGGAAAAUAAGAAAUCAUUUAAAAAAAAGAUUAGUCAACAAUAUUUAAGUUUUAACACGUUAACUGCCAUGUGUCCUUUUUUUUUUUUACAUUGUCAUAUUCCUAUAUACAAUCAACACUCCCAUGUCAGGUUUUUGAACAAAAUAAUAGUGAAUUCAAGAAGGACUGUACAAAAUAUAUUGUAAACAAAAACAACUAUGACAACUUGUGGGGUUUAUACUAAAUUCUACAUAUGGCUGCUAGAGUAAUGGAUGAGAAAAGUGCAUGACUGUUAAUAUGUUAAUAAAUCCACUUUUUUUUUUUUAUAUAAAUUAUAAAUAGUUUAUAUAGUUAUGAAUAUAUUUGCUUAUUUACACUUACGCUGUACAAAAUUGAUUCUUUAAUCAUUGAACACUCAUUAUUUAUAUUUAUCAAAGUAUUGACUCUUUCGAAAAACAAGCACCUCUAAAAGUUAUCAUUUAGUUAAAAGUUACCAUUAUCAUUAUACUACCAUUAAUUUUUAUCAUGUUUAUUUUUAGGGGUGAGUGAAAAAAUUACCAACUUUUGAUUCACCUUUAAAUGCUGUGUGUCGUGCCACCAUACAAAUGAUACUUUGUUAAUUUCCUCUUAUCCAAACUUAAAAAUGAAAUAUUUUGUGGAUGGGUUGCCAGAAAUUAAAAAUUUCAACCCCAAUAUUUAUUUAAACUAAUACCCUAUUUAUUUCUGGUCUCUACUCGGGGCCCACAAGAGAAGUAAACCGUUUCGCGUAUGUUUACUGACAACAUUAACUGUUCAGAUGUACUGUUUCCUACAUUUUAUUCCAUUUAGUUAAGUGCUACAAUAUGCAUUUUAGUCUGAACUCGGUUCACUUCUCUCAUGGUCCAGAGUAUAGAUUACUUUUAGAAAAUCAAAAGUUUGUUAUUUCACCCUAAAAAACAAUAAAAAAAUGUAACAUUAUAGAGCUGCUUGACUUAAAUUGUUUAAUUUUUAGGGAACUGUUAGCGUAAGAGGUGUACAUUUAGCAACACUUUUAAUGUGUGGUAUAGAAACGGCUAUGUUGGUAAAUGAUGCUUGUGGAGCACCUGUACCUUGGUUGAUGUCAUGUCCAUGGAUGUACUUUGAUGGAAGGUUAUUUCAGUAUCAUUUAGCUAGAGCAUCAACUGCAAAUAAACUUGAAGACUUGUGUGAAAAUCAUUUUUCAUUAACUAUUAAGGUUGAAAAAAUGAGACAAGCUAUUUUAGAGGGACUGGGUGAACGAUUUCAAUCAAUUACACCAUUCCAAGGAUCAUUUAUGGGUACUUAUUGUUUACACAUUUUUAUUUGCUAAGUAUUAAAUAUUAAUAUUUGUUUUUUAGACACAAUUUUUAAUCCAAGAGGAGUGCUUUCUCCUCAAAUAAUAAAUGCUAGCAUGGCUCAUGCUAAUAUACCACCAUAUCAACAACAAAGACUGAGUCGACUAGUUAAUCAAAACCCUAGCCGCUUUCGAGAUGUUCAACAUAACAGUCGACAAAGAGGCAUUAUGAAACAGUCAUCUGGUGGUCAACUAGAAGUUGCUGGUGCUGUUGUGGGAAUCUGGGGUGCCAAUUAUAGCAUGGCUGCAACUGGAAGUCCUUAUAUGAGUCGUAGUAAUAUGAUACCAUCUCAACAAGUAAGAUUUUAAAUACUAUUUUGAUAAUAUUAUGGAUAAAUUAAGAACUAAUUCAAUUAUAGGUUAUACCUCCUAUUGGUCCAAGUUCUUUAUUUCAACGUGAUCUCAUACCCAGACCUGUAUUUAAUACACGUAAUAAUUGUUCAAAAGCUGCUCGUGGACGUAGUCAUGUUCAAAAGAUACAUGUAAUCAUCAUUUAAAAUAAUUUACUGAAAUAUCAAUAGUUAACAUCAUGAAUUUUGUUUAACAGAAUAAUAAAAAGAAAAUUAUUAAUAAUAUUGUGAAGAAAGACAAUACUAUAAAGAAGGUUCCAUCAAAGGGCCGUGGUAUUCCAAACACGUGGUAAAUUGGUUAAUUUUAUAUUAAAAUGCUUGACAAAAUAUAAUGAAUGUGUUCUAUAUAUUGAACUAAUAUUAGGUCAAUAGUAUAGUAUUAAUAUAACUUCCUUCUUGGAAUCACCUUGACAAAGAUCACAGGUUGGCAAGUUAUUUUUAGUAGGGUAUAUUUUAUGUUAAUAUACAUAACAAACAUUAUGUUUUUAGUAAUUAUCAAUGUUCAGAAAAAUAAAACUUUUAAUUGGACAAUAUUUUAUCUUUGUUACUAAAAAAAAUGUAUAUAUUUAAUAGCUUUAGUAAUAAAUUAAAACUUUUCAUAACAAAAUAUAUGCCUUGGGAGUGGCAUAAUAAUUGAUAUUUAAUUUACCUGUUAAUCAAAUAAUCUAGUUGCAACCCUCUAAAAAAUUUAGUUUACUGAUAAAGCCAAUUUACUAUUUCACUGCAUUUUAAAUAAAACCCAACUAUAUACUAUUUUUCACAAGGGAAAAGUGUUUCACGUACGCAGCUAAGCUACAAAUCGCUGCUGGACCCCCGAUGUAGCCUGAUAGUGGUGGGAGCCCUGGGCGAGGUGUGGCGUGGGGCUGCGUAAAAAUGACUGGGUUUCGUUGAAACUCUACCGUUCUUUCGUGAAAAAUAGUAUUGUAUGAGCAUAUGAAAAAGCAAUAAAAACUGAUUUUUUAAAUUGUUCAGUACUCAGUUAUUUGUCUAUUAACAAGUUUAUCUUUGUUCUGAACAAACAAUUAUGUGUUUUUGUUAUGUAAUUGAACUUUUAUUUUUAGUGAAACUAUUUUAACAUCAGAACUGAUAGAAGAAUCCAAAAUGUCAAUUUUAAAUAAAGAAAAUGAAGACAUUAAAACAAACGGGUAUACCACAUCAUUUUUUUUUUUUUUAUAUAUAUAUAAUUUUAAAUAAAAUAUGAAAUUCUUUUACAACAAUGUAAUUUGAUUUCAGUAUUGUGGAAAGUAUUUUGCCCUUGGUAAAUGGAAAUUCCCCAUUGGAUGGAAAAUUUGACAAUGCAUCCCUGAAUAGUACGUCUUUAACCUAUAUUACCAUAGUUAUAUAACCAUAAUUUUAACCUUUUUUUAAUUAUCAAAAAUUUGUUCGAGUAAUAUUGAUUUUUGCUUAAGAAUUCACAUUUUUAAAAAUUAAAAUUAUAAUUUGUAUAAAUUGUUAAUAUUGAUUUAAUAUUCUAAAGCAGAAAAUAUUUUGUUAAACUUUGGAAAAAAAUAUAUUACAAGCAUUUUGGAUGAAGAAUUGGAGUGAGGCAUUAAAAUUAAAUUGUUUAAACAAUUAUCUCUGCUACUAAUAUCAUUUAUCAAAAUUAAAAUAUAAAAAUUUACUUUAGAAUACUUAGUUAAAAAUAAAAUUUGAUAUUUAAAAAAACAUUAAAAUUUUAUAAUAUUAAAGUAAAAUUGUUUAGAUAUCCCUUUUAGAUUCUGAGUGUAGUAUAGAAUGUAUUGGUUUUACAAAGGUAUUUAAUUUUUUUUUUUUUUUUAUGUAAACAACUUCUACUAGAGAUCUUGCUCCAAUUUUUAUGUGUAGCAUCUUUUUUUAAAUGAAAUCGGCGUGGAGAGGUAUUUUAGAGAGAUCAUUUUUCGAUUUUCUUAAGAGUUUACUCAUAAAAUGUGAAAACCGAAAAAAACUGAGGAAUACAAGAAAAUGUACGAAAUAUAUUAGUCAAAUAUUACAAAUUAUUUUUCUGUGGAUAACUUUUUUACCAAUAAUUUUCAUCCAAUUCAUAAUGAUUUCAAAUUUUCUAAAAGAAAAUUUGACUGGGAAGGUACUUAAGUGUGGUCAUUUUUUUAAAUAUUCUCAUGAAUUUUUUCAACAAAUAUGAAAAACUGAGAAAAAAACUGGACAAAUAUAUAAGUAAAUUAAUAAAGUAAAAAAAAAAAAUUGAUUAAAUAGUUAAUAUAAGUAAAUAAAUUAAUGUAUCGCAUGGAAUACUAUGUACUGUAUUGUAGGACUGGUUUUAAAUUAAAAAUUCAUUAUCGGGUAAAAUCACAAAGUCAAAAAGUUAAAUGCUACUGGAUAUGAAUAAAUAGCAAACAUAAAUAUAAUAUUAAGUGGUCGUUUUACAUAGAAAUAAUUUAUUUUAAUAGGAGACAUAGAUAUGUUAAGAAAUAUAAAUUGUUUGAUUAUUAUUAUCUAAAAUGUAUGAUAUAAGGUACUAUUUUUAAAAUCAGUUUGAAUAUUUAAAAUUGUAUUGAAAUUAUUUGUUUUUAUUUCAUUGUGUAUGUGUAAUAAUUCUUCCAAAACUGAAUAAAUAUAAAUGUUAUUUUGGUUAUUUUAUAUUUCUAAGUCUGUAUUAAUAUCAAAACUUAUAUCAUGGUUAUUUUCUAAAAUAAGUUUAGUGAAAUUUGAAUAAGAGGUAAUCUUUUUAAUUUUAUUUCAGAAAUGUGUUAUUUAUAUUUCAUUUUAAAAUGUCUGUUUGUCUUACUCAUAUAAAAUGAAUUACAGUUACAUUUAAGUUAUAUAUACCUUGUAAAUUUCAGAUAAAAGAACACCUAAAGGUCUACCCAUAACUAACCCUUCUUUUUGUAAGUAUAAUUUAUUAUUAUAUUGGAAAUAGUUUUCAUUAAUAAUAACAUUUAUUGAUUAAUUAAUUUCUUUACUUCGUUUGUAUUGAAUUUAUUACUAUGUAUAAGUUUAUUUUUUAAAACCUUAUAACUGUACUAAAUAUUUACUCUCUUAUAAAAGAAUAAUUAAACAUACUAAUACUUUUAUAAAAAAUACUUACGUUUUCAUUAAAAAAAUUAAUAAAAUUAAUAUUGAGCUAGAUUACAAUAUGAUUUCUCUUGGCGUAAAAAAUGUAUAUACAUCCUUUCUUAAACACAAAACAGUAUAUUUUUAAAAAAUAACCUAUACAUAGUAAUAAAUUCAAUUCAUAUAAAGUACAAGAAAUUAUUCAAUCAAUAAUUGUCAUUAUUAAUCAAAACUAUUUUCAAUAUAAUAAUAAAUUAUAAUCGCAAAAAGAAGGAUUUUAAGUACUUUUUUUUUAUCUGAAAUUUUCAUGCAUAAUUAUGAAACCAAUAAUAUUAUUAACAACAAAAUAUACAGUUCAUAUAUACAAGUAUAUUAUAGAUAUGUUGAUAACAAUUUCAUUUUAUUUAGAAAUUAAAAUAAACAAGCAGACAUUUAGUCAACUACUUAAAUUAAAUAAAUUAAAUUUCUUAGAUCUUACAGUUUCCAUAGUAAAAAAUAAAUUUGUUUUUAGUAUAUAUAGGAAACCUACACAAAUUAAUACUAUUAUACCACAUUAUUUAUUAAUUAUUAUUCACCCUUAUUCUCAAAAAAAUAUCAUUUUUUAAAUUCAAUAUUCUAUGAGUCUGAAUGUAUUUCAUUAAAUAAACAUAAUUAUAUUAUCAACACAAGCUCAAUAUUAUAUAUAUUACAGCCCACAGAAAUAAUUUAAAUUUAAAUAAUAUUAAAAAAAUUGAUAAACGUAUAAUAAAAUAAAAUUCACCAAAUAACAUUGUUAACUAUUGUAGUAUGAAAUAUUAAAUAAUCAAAAUAAUAUCUUAUAUCUUGCAUUUUAGAUAAUAAAUAAUAACCAAACUCAUUUUAAAUAAUAUCUCUUAUUGAAAUAAUAAUAUUUUCAUGUAAACAACCAAUUUGUGUAAUUUGUUCGCUAUGUAUUCCUUCAUUUAUUUAUUCAUAUUAUUUAUUCGCAUUUACUUUUUGACUAUGCGAUUUUACCUGAUGAUGAAUUUUUAAUACAUAUUUUUAUAAUAUUCCAGAUAAUGCACUUAUUUAUUUAUUUUUAUAUUUAAAAAUAUAUUAUUGAAAUAUUAUGUUUUUUUUUCUGUGGACAACUUUUCUACUAGAAAUUUUGCUCUGAUUUAUGAUGAUAACGCUUUUUUUAAAAGGAAAUCUUUCUAAAGAGGUACUUUAAGAAGGUAAUUUUUUUGAUUUUUCCGACAUCUUUCCCAACACAUGUGAAUAACUGUGAAACAAUACGGGAAAAAACAGGAAAAUCAGUACUACAUGGUACUACUAUCAAUUACAAGACACUCAUUAUCCCAGAAAGUAAUAACUUUUUUGAAAUGAUUUAUGACUUAUGAUUUUGAAAUGGCAACCUAUAUUAAAAAUGUAAAAAAUGUAUGUUUAAAAUUAUUUUAGUUUAGUAUCUUCUAUUUACUUAAUACCAAUGUUUACUUAAUAAUGUAAUUAAUGUAAAUUAAUACAAAAAUUUAAAAUAUCUUUGAGUUAUUUAAAGUUUAUUCCUGCUUUUAAAUCUCUGGUGCUAAUUUUAAAAUUAUUAAAUACCCUGGAAUACCGUAACAGAAUUAGGUUUAUUAUAAUAUUAUCUAAUAAGGCCUUACCUUAGUAGUGAUAAAAUAAUCUCUUUAAAUUAAUUAUUGAGGUUCAUAUUCUCUUAAAUAUUAGUAUUUUUUUUUUUUCAAGCAGAAAUCAAUUUUUACCACUAUUAUCGUAUAUUUUUAUUUGAAAGUUACUCUUAGGUAUAUUGUAUAAUAUGUAUUUUCUUUUAGCAAAUGGUGUUUCUAAUACUUUACCAGAAGAUAAACCAUCAAAAAUCAUUCAAAAACCUCCAAAAUUGGAGAUUGGAAAUUGAUUUGAUAAAGUGUAAGUUGUUGUUGUCAUAUUUUUAGUUUUUCAUAUUUUAAAAAGUAACAAUAUUACCUUUUAUUUAGAAAUUAUAAAAUACGCUGACACCUUAUAAGUAUAAAUCAAUAACUUAUAAGUAUCACCUCAAGUUUUUUUUUUUUUUGUAAAUAUUGACAAAUGAAAGAUGUGAAGACCGUCGCUAAAUAUUAGUCAUUAUUAUUAAUUUUUACAUAUUGUUUUUUUAUGUAGUUUUUAUUCUUUAUUUUUGUAAAUUUUUUGCAAACCAUUUUGUUAUCUGAAGGCGCCCGCGGAUAAAGUUAUGUUAUCCGAUUUGUGAACAUCGAAAGACUGAUAUUUAAAGUGUUGCAACAAACAUAUCAUUGUCUGGUAUUUGUUUGUGCAGCCAUGGUGAUAAUAAUUAGAUAUUAACGUUAUUAUAUUUUUAAAUCAAAUGAAAAAAUAAUAUAAAUCGUUAUCCUUUGACUGCUGUCCAAAAGUAUUAUUGUCGCGGUGAUUGUUUUUAAUCAUAUUUUUGUAAUUUGUUAAUCCAGAUAAUUUUAUAAUUUCUUAAUACUUAAUAUGAUUUUUAAUUGCAUUUACAAGCAUGUAUAUGACUGUAAAUUUACCAUUUCUUGUCAUUGUUAACAAUUUAAUAUCAGGCAAAUAAAAAUUAAAGGCCGCCAAAAUAAUAUACAUAAAUAUAUAUUUAUAUAUAUAUAUAUAUAUUAUUUUAAUAUCUUUGUGGAGGUGUAUCUCACCUUGGAGGAUUAUAAUAUAAUUAUAUUACGACUACUUUAACCCAUAUAAUGCGACUUAUACAAAUAAAAAAUUAACAAUAAAAGCAUUUUAAUUUAAUUUAAGAUGCUAUUUAUUAGCAGGUAUUAUGUGCAGUGAAACAUUCUUAACCUGCUAUCAGAUUGUUUUGUAAUUAUAAAAGAAUUUUCUUAUUUUACUUUUGAAAGUAAAAUUCUUUUAACAAGAAAUAUUUGUAUUUUUGUGUGAAACAAUUAAGAUUAAAAUUGUAUGUUUCUCUUUUGAGUACAAUUAGCCUUAUUUAAUUUUAUUUGUCUCCACACACCGAGAAAUAACUUUCGUAACAUUUUUUUUCUAUUAACACUAGAAAUUAGCAUUUUUUUCCUAGUUUAUAAUAAUUUUAAAUUAUGUUUUAAUUAACACAAAGAAAGUUAAUAUUUUAAAAUAAAUACAAAUAACAUAUGUAUUCUAUUAAUUUUUAUUUAUCUCUUCAUGUUUUAAUAUACAUUUUAUUAUACUCAUUAAUGGUUAUACUAUCAAUUUUAGUUAGUUUCUUUCAAUUAUAUUAUUAUUAAAUUAUUAAAUUCCUUAAAUAAAAAAUUAAAACUAUUGUCGGCCCUUUUCCUUUUUAAAUUAUAUUCACUUUUUCAUAUAAUCACUCCUCAAAAUAUAAUUUAACCUUUGUUGGUUAAUUAAUAUUAUACUUACAUUAGUGUUUAAUUUCAACAAAUAAUAUUUAUUAAGUAUUAGAUAUAAGAAAUAAAAAGUUGUGUAAAGUUUUAAAAAAAACAAUGCAUACAUAAUUCUUAAAUGUUUUUUUAAAAUUUUAUUCAAUCACACAUGGAAUAUAUGUUAUCAGUAUUGUGAUUUCUGAAAUACCAUAUUCAUCAUCUAACUAAAAAUAUUUCAAUGUAUAAUUAAAAUUAAUUCUAUGGAAUACAUGUUAAAUAUAGGUCUAUUGUAUUAGUAAUACAUAUUUACUAUUUAAUAAGAUGGUAUUAUAAUUAUAUUCAUUGACGUGUUGUUUCCAAUUAUUUUACUAUUCAUUUUUGUUUUAUUGUUAAUUGCUGACUUGAAGAAUUACCAUAUUAUCUAUUAUUAGAAUGAAUCAAGUAGUCCAUUGACUCCAUAGACUAGAUAACAAUUAAUCAAAAGUGUGUUGUGGUUCGCCAUAAUUAUUUUAUUUAACAAUUUAUUAUGUAAGUUAAUAAUCACUUGAUUAAGUUAAGCUCAUAAUGGGUUAAAUUAAAAACUAAAUAUACUUAAAUUUUAU